AGGUGUAGUGGAGAGAUGGAGACACCGGCACUAAGCAGGAUGAUGGCGAGGAGACCGCUGCGACCUCUGGUGCAGCUGCUGGCCUUGUUUUCGGCGCUUGCUGUUGUUGCAGCUGUAGACACGACCACCGAGGCUAAGGUUACUACUACCCUACACUCUGAGGCUACUACGACUACCGCUGCUACCACUACUAUUACUACAACGACCACCAGCCCUCCAACUGCAGCUGCUGACGUUCUCACUGAUGUCACAGUUGACACUACUGCUGACGUCACCCAGGAUCUCACUGAUGACGUCAGAAGUGAAGUGGAAGCUGAAGUGACGACCGCCCUCAAGACUGAUGGAGAAACCAGCAGUGACUCGGCGACGGUGACAGAAGCUGCAGAUAAGUCGGGACGUUGCCCUUCACGACUAAUGGAUCCGUCUCUAUGCCCUGAUGACGUAGCCGACCAGUGUUUGAGCGAUGAUGACUGUGGGGGAGCCGCUAAAUGCUGCUCAACUGGCUGUGCUAAAGUCUGUGUCAGGCCCAUGAAGUCGACAUGUGAGUUAAUGAAGGAGAACACCCUGAGACGAGCCCGGGACCUGGGAGUGGACCUAAGCAACGUACUUACCCCGGAUUGUGGACAGGCUGGCAGUUUCGCGCCAAUUCAGUGUGAUGGUCUGAGGUGUUUCUGCGUCGACGAACACACUGGCUAUGAGUUACCCGGCACACGAGCCCGUAGCAUCGAGAUGGUCAACUGCUCAGCGCCUCACCCAUGUGCCGGGUAUCAGUGCAGGAUGCUGUGCCCUUACGAGUUUGAGCUGGACAACGAAGGCUGCCCCUUGUGUGAGUGUCGGGACCCCUGCCGUGAAGUGAGCUGCCCCGGGGACACCUCUUGUACCCUGGAUGAGGCUCCCUGCGCUGUGGAACCCUGCCCUCCCUGCCUGCCUGUGAGGCCCACGGUUAAGCACACACUAACACCCACACUAUCACGCCCACACUAUUACGCCCACACUAUCACGCCCACACUAUCACGCCCAUACUAUCACGCCCACACUAUCACACUCACACUGCUAUGUAAACAGCCACGCAGUUUAUCGACGUUGUGCCCAAUGGGUGACCCGUUGAUGCUGGACGAUAGCCAGAAACGACCCUUCCUGUGUGGCACUGACCCAGGCACCCCCCAGUGUCCUACCCUCUACAAGUGCCACACCACCAGAGGUCAGGACUACGGUGUGUGUUGCGCUGCUGUAGACGAACUUCAGAAGCCCGGCCAGUGUCCCAUGGAGGGUGGGAGUUCUCUGGUGGGCGCAGGAGGAGAGGAGGAAGAGAUGAGAUGUGGUGCCUCUUGCCUUCACGAUCUCCAGUGUCCCUCUACACAGAAGUGCUGCAUCUCCGACAUCUGUGGCCAACACUGUGUCCAGCCCGCCAACCUUACUGCAUGUCUUCAGCAACGGAUGAUCGCCGAGUUACUACUGGUGACUGAACGUGAGGGCAAAGGCUACGUUCCUCAGUGCCGGGAGAAGGAUGGUCUGUAUAUUCAGCGUCAGUGCUCUAGGAACGGCCUCAUCUGUUGGUGCGUUGAUCCCGAGGGCAACAAGCUUUCCCGCACACUGGGUGCCGCCCAUGAGGUGCACUGCGACAAAAUGGGAGCGGUGGCAGAGGCUCGACGCUCUUGCCAGGGGGAGGUGCUGUGUUCCUCUACCUGUGAGUAUGGUUACAAGGUGGGUGGUGACGGCUGCCCCACCUGUGACUGUGACGACCCCUGCGAAGAGCUCACCUGCUCUGAGAACUCGACCUGUGUCAUGCGUACCAACCCUGGCUGUGAGGGCGACUCCUGCUCUGCCACCCCCAUGUGUUUAUCCAACGAUUCUGACGAGCUGGUUCACCCGUCCACCACCACUACCACACAGUCACCCCCACCUUCCCCUGCUUGCCCCAAUGGCCUAACUCCCUUGUCAGUAGGUGGGGUGGUGGCUCAGUGUGACGAUCGCGCCCCGUGUCCGUCUGAUCAUAUGUGCACUCCUCCACCCUCACCCCAUGCCCGCCCCGCCUGCUGCCCCGUCGUCACUAUUAUAGAAGCGACCAAGCCUGGCCAGUGUCCCUUCGUGCGAUCGGUCAGUGACGAGUUAUGUGAGGGUCCUCGUUGUGCUGCCGACUCUGAGUGUGGCCAUGACCUCAAGUGCUGUGUGGUGCCUAGCUGUGGGCCCUCCUGCGUGCCCCCACAACCACCCCAAAACCUCUCCCUCGAUCAUGGCCUUCUUCAGGGACCUACGAUGUGUGAGUACUUACGUGACCUGGUGGAGCUGGAGGGUGUGACUCUUGCUGUACCCACACCAACUUGUGAUGAAAACGGCGCUUACGAGCAGGUCCAGUGCAACGACCUGGGACAGUGUUGGUGUGUCGACGACUUCGGUACCCAGAUCCCCGGCACAAAGGCAUCGUCUCGGGAGUUAGUGGUGUGUGAACGUGUUCGUGCAGCUCUGACCUGUGGUGAGAUGCUGUGCCGCCUUGGCUGUGACUACGGCUUCGUGCUGGAUCCAGAUACAGCCUGUCCUCUCUGUCAGUGUCGCGAUCCUUGCCAGGAUGUGGAAUGUGCUACCAGCCACAUUUGCCAGAUGGUGGAUAUCCCGUGUGUGGAUGGUGUUUGCCCAGCCAUCCCACAGUGUGUGCCCGUGUUGGAGGCCUCCGCAGUGCCCACUUGCCCCAUUGGGGACCCAUACACUCUGCCAGAGACUAAUGCCACACUGGCCUGCAGUCCCCGGGCCCGUGCCCUUGAGUGCCCUCAGGGCUACUCUUGCUUUGCUGAUGACAACACUGUUGAGGGUGUCUGUUGCCCCAGUCCAGGUAACAGCAAGAAAACUGGUCAGUGUCCCUUCCUUGUGCCAGUCUUGAGUGGUAACUGUGACCUGGAGUGUUCUGAUGACUCCCACUGCCUCGGUGAUGCCAAGUGUUGUAGCAAUGGCUGUGGUACUCAGUGUCUCCAGCCCAUCAUCAUGACAGCUUGUGAACACCAGAGAACCCUGCUAGAACACCGUGCUCGUGAGGCUGGAAUUCCUGCUGGACGUGUCUACUUACCUCAGUGUGAUGAGGCGGGAGCCUUCCUGCCCACACAGUGUCACCCAGCAACUCUCACCUGUUGGUGCGUCGACACACAGGGACAAGAAGUGCCAGGCACCAGGGUUAGCCAACCGGCACACCCCAAUUGCCAGGAGCCUCUUGUGUGUCCUGCCAUGAACUGUGACCUUGCAUGCCUACAUGGCUAUAGUCUGGAUGCUUCUGGGUGCCCUGUGUGUGCCUGUCGUGACCCUUGUGAGGAGGUGACUUGCGCUACCCCUCUGGAGGAGUGUCGUAUUGUUCACGUGGCCUGUGUGGACGAGCCCUGUCCACCCCUGCCUGUGUGCCUGCCAAGACUGGAGAACCCCUGUCCUUAUGGAUCACCUCUGAGGAUUAAUGACAGCGUGGUGGAGUGUGGCCCUGAGGGCAGCACCUGCCCCUCCAGCCACAAAUGUCACCUCUCACCCCUGGGUGAAUAUGCACUCUGCUGCCCCAAGCCUCGUGAAGUCUGCUAUGAGAGGAAAGACUCUGGUUACUGUGAGGGAGCCAUCAAACGCUGGUUCUUCAACGCCGAGUCCAACCGCUGUGAGACCUUCCGUUUUGGUGGCUGCGGAGGAAACCUUAACAACUUUGAGACUGAAGCUGAAUGUCUCUCUGCCUGUCCAGCUCUCAGCUCUUGUGAGAAAAUGAGAGAGAAGAAUAUCAGGAAUGCUGAUAAGGAAAAAAAGGUAACCUUCAUUCCUAAGUGUGAUAAGAACAGUAGUGCCUGGCUCCCAGAACAGUGCCUAGAGGAACUGGGUGUCUGUUGGUGCGUGACUCCACAGGGUGACCAGGUACCAGGCUCACUUACCCGUGGUGCCCCUCAGUGUCAGGGCACCGCUAGGUCAUCUAGGAGGAUGAACUUCGACCCAACUACCCCUACCAAUAUGAUCUGUGAGCCGGGUCAGACGGUCCAUGUGUGUGACAAGAGCUUAUGUGAGAACCAGGUGUGCUUCUCUCACCCACACGCUGUGUGUCGUGUUAAUCCAUGUGGUGGCUGUUCUGUCCAGUUUGUUGAUGAGUUCAACUCCCCAGUAAACUGUGAGGUGGGCCUCACUGAGUGCCAGAGAGAACUACAGCGAGUUCUUAACUCUCCAAUCUUCACCAGACCUUCAAUGGCUUUCUCAGGACGUACAUUCCCCACUUCACACGCUGAUCAUCAGGUGCACUAUGAUGUUGACCUCUUCCGUAACGUGGACGUGUAUCACGCUCGUCCUCUUGACAUGGAUGCUGUUUCCACUUCCGAAUCUCGUCGUCGGGGCCGUUAUGUAGACGUUGAUCCUUCCGGAACACUGACAGUGUCUGGGGAUGUUGUUAUUGAAGCUCAGGAACAUUCCAGGCCUGUUCGUGCUGUAGCUAAGGACGCAGUACCUGAGUCACCCUUAGUGGAGUCUACACUAGUGGAUCCUGAUGACCUGGCCCGACACCUGGCAGGUCCUCUUAGUACUACCAUUGAUGUUUUCCCCAGUCUUGAGGAUUACCCACCAAGACUCACCCUUGAUGACACCUUCGAAGCUGUCCCAACUGAAGAUCUGGUGCCCAAGCCUGGUACAUGCCCGAGUCCCCCCAGCGAUCUCUCCCUCCUGACCUGUGUACCCAGCCAACAGUGCAUGUUCGACACCCAUUGUGAGGGAUCCAAAAAGUGCUGCUUCAAUGGUUGUGGGGCCAUGUGUGUUGAACCCCAAGAGACUCCUGCUUCAACACAAGGCAUGACAGUGCAGGCCCCUGUGUGUGAGGCUGACGGAGCGUACGCUCGUGAACAGCGUGCAGGAGGCCUCACCUGGUGUGUGGACACAAAGGGUCGUCCAAUUCAUGAGACUCUCACCCGUGGCCAUGUCCGAUGUGGACCAAAUGGUCAGAUUGUGGAGCAGGUAUCUGUUGGGUUUGUAUGUCCUCGCGGUGUGAGGGCUCGGGUGUGUAAGAAUGAGUGCCUUCAUGCCUCCUGCCACUCUCACCCUGACGCUGUCUGUGUGGCUGACCCAUGUAAUGAUUGCCGUGUCACCUUCUACAGUGCAAGCGGAGAGAAAGUUCACUGUGAAGGAAGCUGUUCUCAGCCCCUGGCCAGGGGUAUGUGUCGCGCCUCAUUCAAGCGUUACUUCUACAAUGCCACUGCUGACCAGUGCCAGGAGUUUAUCUUUGGUGGGUGUUUGGGCAAUGAUAAUAACUUCAACUCCAUGGAAGAGUGCCAGGAGGAGUGUCAGAAUCCAGAUAUCUGCAACCAGUCAGUACAGGCCGGUGUGUGCUCAGGAGGGGAAGCUCGAUGGUAUUACAACACUGAGACACGAAAGUGUGAGCCUUUCCUGUACAGCGGCUGUGGUGGUAAUGGUAACAACUUCAAGAGCAAGAGUAGAUGUGAGGCCCGUUGUCCAAACUUUGUGCUGUGUCCUUAUUGGUCAGCUGCCAGUAUGGAACCUGUUCCUUGCUCCCGGGCCAAAGCUUGCAUCAAUCAGACAUGCCAUGGUCACCCAGAUGCCAUAUGUGAAGCUGAUCCAUGCACAUGUACUGCCAACUUUGUUGAUCACCAAGGCCGAUUUGUUAAGUGUCUGUCUCCUACUGAGCCACCCAAAACACGUCUUGCUUUUACAUUUGAAGAGCAGGAGUCUAGCAGCAGUGACGGUGACAAGACUGAAGAUAAAAACAAUCACGACAUUGAAGACAACCUCAAUGAAAGUGGUACUAAGAACAAUGGCCCUGUGACCAUCUACCUGGAGGGCGAGCCCACCCUAACACGCUGUCAACUUCUCCAGCGACAUCUUAAGGAAAAUAAUUCUCUGAAGUAUGUAGCUCAGUGUGAUGAAGAUGGUCGAUUCACCCCCACACAGUGUUAUGCACCUUCUAGUGAUGAACAGGGAUUUACAGAAGCACCCAAGUGCUGGUGUGUGGACGAGACAGGACACAAAACACAACCUACUGUAUACUUCAGCCGUGGAGAAAGAGAAUGUGACCCAGUGGCAGUAGAGUCAGUGGUAGUAACAUUGGGCUUCCGAGGACGCGAGGCUGGUGUAAAACAUCUUGGUAAAGCUAAGGGCAAAGAGAUAAAGGAUCAGGUGAACAACCUCCUGAAGCAAAUGACAGCCGAGACCUUAGAGAAUGAAGUAGGCGUAGUUGACCUACCUGACCUGACACAGGUGAAGUUCACACUUCUUGGAAACAACAAGAUUGAUGUAGCUUACCAACUUGAGGAGAAGGUGAAAAAAGGUGAGCUAGCACUUCAGCUGGAUGAGGAGCGACUUCCUGCUGAUCUUCGUGCAUCGUGGUUCCAUCAUCAGGUGUCAGAGCUCAGGUGGGAGGCACCCUUGGAGAUCCGUUCAGGAACCAGGGAGGUGGUGAGUGAGGCUGUGGCUCUGGAACCUCCCUAUCUCGCGGCCACCAUCAUCUUUACCGUUAUUUCUGCCAUGUUGGUCUGUGGGCUGGUUGUUGCUGUCGUUCUCUACCGCAGACAUAAAACUGGACAGUACCCAAAGGGUCCUAGAGGAUCCAUGCAGUCCCUAGCCUUCAGCGACUCCUCCUUGGACCGACGCAGCACUUCCUCCAGACUAUCAGACCAGUUCCAGCCACCACCACCACGCCGACCAACUGUUACAACCGUUGAGAACGAAUACCGUAAUGGACGCCAUUAGAUUGAAACAAGCUGUGAUUGCCAAAGGCUGGUUUUUGUUCUAUAGAGCAGAAUAGUUUCUCUGUGUUUUCGCUGAGCGAAGAAAUACUUGCAGUCGUGAGAUGCAUGAAAUACAUUAGAAUGCGUAGAAGAUCUUGUACAGAACUUGAUAUGUUGUAGAUACCAACAUUUUAAAAUGAGCGUCUAUCAUAAUAAAAACAUAUAGAGAGCUUUUAGCAUAUGCAAAAUAAAUGCUUUAGUGCUAGUUACCAUCAACAUAAAUAGCCCAGGUUGAGUAGAAAAACUGUCUUACCAGUGUAAAAAGAUACAAAUGAGAACACACGUAGGCUGUUUAUACAAAAGUACAAGAAAUAACAUCAGAAAAAGGAAAAAACUUUAUUCGUAUAACCAUACAAGCUUAAGCCUAAUUAGUGUUUUAAGUCUUGUUAAAUAUCUCAUGUUGCAGUAUUCAGCCUUGGAAGCUGUAGUGCUCUUGACAGCAAGUAAACUUCUACUACUGACAGUAAAAAAGGGAAAGUUUUGUGACUUAGAUCACAAAUAUGGUUCUGCAGACGAGAGUAUCACAGUUUUUAUUAUUAUUUAUUUUUAUGACAUUUGUAACAAAGGUAUUGAAAUGGCAGAAAAUGGGAAAAAUAUUUUUGUAAGCAUAGGAAAUGCUCAUGGUGAUGAUUCUAUAAGCAUGCCUAGUUACUGACUCGGUAAUGGACAUGCAGUUUAGUGAAUUGUUUGGAUUAUAAUUUUAGGUAAAGACACCAGAGAAGUUUGCCACUUAUGUAACAAUGUGAACAAAAAUUAAUAAAUCCCCCUUCAGAAAGUAACAAAAUAUUAUUGCUAAAGAGUUGUAGAAUGUAAAACUACAUGGCAUGCUGUUUUCGGUUUAUCUCCAGGGCUUAUGAUAAAUACCAAGCACAGUCUUGUUGUGAUCAGAUGAACACAAAAGUUGCUUCAUUUCCUCGGGCAGAAAACAAAUUUCACAUCACAUAAAUAUUGAAAAUCUAUUGAAAAUCUCUGUUGGUUUACUUCAAGUAUGCCAAGAAGGGAGUUUUUUCAACUUAUGAGAUCAGCCAUUUGAAGAAAUUCAUAAUAUAGAAUUCUAGCAAUGAGAAACGAAUUUCCCCGUUGUCAAUUGUUUAAAGUUGAUCCAAACAUCCAGCAUUACCCUGUGCUCAAACAAACUUGUGUUGCCGUUAAUGCCUGAGUCGAAACACUGUUUUUAACAGAAGGUUUUUCUUUCUUUAGAUUUAUCUUAAUUUUGGUGAUUCCUUUAAACAAGAUCAUGCGAGAGACUUUUUUGUAGAUUACCAUGAUCAUUUAUUUUCCCAGUACUGUAUCUAAAUAAACAUUUUGCUCAAAUCUGUUUCUAAAUGAAGAAAAUGUAGAAAAUGAAUGAAUUAGACCAUGAAUAGUGCACAGAUUAAGAGUUGGUUUUGUGUGAAAUGUAUUCAAAAUUAUUGUAUCAAGAUCUUGUUUUGAGGAGCAACUGUCUCGCCACAUUAUUUGGUAGGUCUUCUUAGGUUUCUUGAUGUGAGUUAAAUCAAGUAACUUGGGACUUUUGUAAGACAAAUACUUCUUAUUCUUGCAUGUAGGACUACAGUUCUAAAAUACCAUGUUAACUUGAGGAAAAUUAGAUUAGCAUAUAAUCAGUAUUAACUUGAACUUUUCUCUAACUUUGGGUACAUAAGUAUCCAAGUAUCCAUAUUAUGGGAAAUGACAUUCACUAGUUGAAAAUAGGUGCAAGGCCGCAUAUUUCAGUGAUAAGGACCACAACUCCUCUUUUUAACAUGGUAGAAAUAACCUUUGGCCUCAUGUGACAAGAUACAAAUACUGUACUGUAUUGGUCUUACAGUGAAUGCUCAAUGUUAAUUAUAUAACCCAUCUUGUGUUUGGAAAAGAGAAAAUGAACAGUUUACACAGAAAAGUAACAAAAAAAAAUAAAUAAAUAAAAAUAAAAAAUUGUGGCAAAAUGUUUCUGGGGCAUUUGUACAUGCUCGCUUACCAAUAUUGUGUCUCUGUAAGUAGAUUAGGUAUUUUUCUAGCCAUUUUUAAACAUAGUUACCUUUGUAUAAGGUUUCAUUCAUAAUAAUACAGUGUGUUUCCAUUAGAACUUAAUUAUAGAGAAACAAUAGUGUUUUAGCAAUAAUGAUGCCUGUAUAAUAAAGCACAAUCUAACCAUUUACUAUGCACCAUAUAUAUUUUAGUAUAAUCACUCGAUUUCCUGAAAAUUAUUAGAGUUUUCUCUUGAUAUUAUUUUAUUAUAGUUCAUCUGGGAACUAAGAUGGUCAACAAAUACUGUGCUGUACUUCAUCUCUCCACCCUUGUGUUGUAUUUAUAUUAAUUCCUUAUUCUUUUGUGCUGGUCACAUUUUCCAUAUUUCAUCUCGGAUCACUGUACAUUCGUUCAGCCAUUAACUCUCCCCCCCCUUUUUUUAUUUUUUUUAUUAUGUAUUAAAUUAAGCUAAAUUGAAUGCACCCAGAGCCUUUCAUUGUGUAAUACAGUACUGGAGAUACAUACCAGUGAAGGUCAAGGGACAUUACAGUAAUUUUGUUGAAGAGUACCCUUUACACCACUCGAGAGUUCUGUAUACUGUACGUACUUUACUUUUUUCUGAUUAUCAAAUAUAAUUUCUAGGAAGAUGAUAUUAGAAGUAAGUCCUUAACAUACAUUUGUCGUGGAGAUCAGAAUUGAGAUUCUCAGCUUGCCAAAAUCCUUCCAACUUGGUAUGGAUAAACUUAUCAGCCUUAAAAAUUUGGUCAAAAUACACCUUUAUAAAGUUAAAUUGCUCAAAAUCUUUUAUGUAAACUAUCUUCAUCUCUAUUUUUUAUUAUAAAUUAUGUGAAAUGCUUCAAAAUUUCCUUACAUUAGUUAUUAUCCAGGUUGAAAAUUAAAAUGAAUGAUAAAAUAUGAAGCAAAUUCGUCCCUCUGAACUUUACUUAUCAGUGUUUAGAAAAUCUAAGUGUUUAAUUUCAUCUUUAAUAGGAAGUGAAUGCAUUUCUGUAUAUUUGUAAAUAGGGUGAUUCCUUUACUUCCCUGCUCCAUUAUGUGUCACUGUAUUGACGUUAACUGUGUAUUGGCGUCACUUUGUAUUAUAUAAUUAAGUAAAUAUAUGCCAAAUUA